AUGACUGUCACUGAAAUUGCCAUCAUCCGCGUAUACGCCGGGAUCACCGACUCUACCCUCCGAGACACCUUCAGCAGGGCCAUCACUGUCCAAGACGCAUGGCACGCUCGCGCCUUUCCCGACCGCCCCUCUUCCGCCUCGGCACGGGCCGUGGCUUGUUUCCGGGGGAUCGACGACGAGACGCAGAUACUUCUAACAACGAGCUGGGGCUCGGUGGAGGAGCAUUGGGCAUGGAUCCUCAGCGACGAUAACAAGCAGCAGAUGGAGGGCCCAGACUUGACCAAGAUCAUCGCAAAUCAAGGGCCGCCCAACCAGCCAGGCGGACUGAUCCUUUUCCACUUGGAUACGAACAUCUUUGGGAAUAAUCAGGCCACUACCGGCAAAGACGUGAUUGCACUCCUCGAUAGCCCGGUCAUCAGCGUUGAGAGAUUCUUGGUCGACACUGAAAAAAAGGAGAGCUUUGCCGCAACGCUCCAGAAAGUGGAGGCGAGUAUGGAAAAGGUCGUGCAUCCUCACUUGGUAAGAAGCGGGCGCAGUGUCGAUCGCGAGACGGGAGGUGAGGAGUUCGUAUUGGUUUCCGGGUGGUCCUGUGUCGAAAGUCAUACGCAAGAGUUCGUUGCAUCGUCCCAGUCUUUUCUGUACAGUCAGCUUGUUGGUAUCGCUUCGUCGGAGGAAACACAGCACUACAGACGGUUCCUGUAGUGCCCUCUUUGUCACUUAGAAACUUGGUUGGGAAAAUGCGCAAGUCUCGGUCCAAGAAUUGGUCGCUCAUGAAUGUGUAUUCAGACCCUCUG